GUGUUUCUCCACCUUCGAACUUAAUGACUGUUUUGCCCUCGUCUUGUUCUUUAAGGGGUUUUUCGUAGUAGUGUCGAAGUUUGUUUCCCUAUAAAUUUCACUCUCAUGUCUGUCUCUGUAGAGCGCGAAAUUGCGUCCUUUCGGGAUUCUGAGAUUCGAAACAAUCUUCGAAGAGUUCUCGAGUCAUGCUCUAAAUUGGUUGAGGCUGGAGAUUUUCAUGAGUCUGAAAACACGGUUUCGGAGCUUAUCAAGUUUCUUGAUUCUGUUUAUGAUGGUGCUGUGUCUGAUCCAGAUAGUGAACGUGCUGAGAAUGAAGCAUUUGAAGCUAUAUCUGAGAUCCACAGAUAUAUUUGUUCUCCUUCCCUUGACCAGGAAGUUGUUGAUGCCCUUUCCUUUGAACUGCCAAAGGCUGUUUCAAAGUUUGUGAGGAUUUCAAGUAGAUUUUUGGACAUGGCAACUAGCAUCAUCGAUCAUUUUAUAGUGAAAUGUGGUCCAAGGGAUAUGCUCUCAAUUCUCUGUAAUGCAUUAGGUUAUUCAAGUAAGAUCACCAAGGCUGCCAGUUACAUUGUCCCUCCGUUAUCAGGGAUCUCAAAGGUCUUUAUUUCCAUUCAGAGGCGUCAGUUUGAGCAAGUAAAAGAAGCUUUUCCUAUAAUACUUAAUGUACUGAAAGUCGUGUCUUUGGAGUCAGAAGAAGAAGAAGAAGAACUUGAGGAUGUAUUUGACAGAGCUGUUGGGAUUGCAAAUUCUAUAUGUGAAGUUUGCAAUAAAUUGGAGGGGGAUGCGAAGGAGAAGCUCCAAUCUCUUCUUGGUCUAUAUGUCCUGCAAUGCAUGGCUCUCAUUUCAGCUAGUUUAGGUUAUAAAGCUUCAAGAUGUCAUUCGUUUGUAUUACAACUGUCACAAAUUUCUUCAUACUGUGGUUUAUCAUAUCUCAGUCUACUAACAACUUAUGAAGUUGAGACUGUGGCAGGCUCCAUUUUUGGAGAAGAUAAAGAUCAAUAUAUGGGUUUCUUAUCCCAUGUCAAACAUGGUGCUGCUCUUUCAGUAAUUUGGGGACUUGUCUCAGAGGAGGUUGCUUACACUGCAAAAGAGAAUUUGACUGCCAUCAAGGAUGAACUUUGUAAUAACCAAACAAAAAGGUGGCAAGCAAUAGGAACAUUAAAGCAAGUACUUUCCUUUGUAAAUCUACCAUGGGAAUUAAAGAAACAUGCUAUCGACUUCUUGCUUUGCAUCACAGAUGGAAGUAUCUCCAGAAACUGCAAUGAGGAGCAUUCUGAAUGGUCAUCUUAUAUGCCUAGUCUUUUUUCGGCUUUGCAGGCUGUAAAAAUGGCUAUCAUGCAUGCCCCAGAGCCAGAACUUAGAAAAAAAUCCUUUGCUGUGCUAAAAGGAGUACUUGAUGAUAUUCCAAUUUCCCAAAGAUUAGACAUUUUGAAAGCAUUGAUUACAAAUACCGACUCUUCCUCAAUGAUUGCCAUUUUCAUCGAUCUUAUCCGGAAGGAAAUGCACACAGCAAUCUGCAAUAGUAGAUCAAUAGUAAAAGAUGCCCCACAGAUAGAAAACAAAGCAUUUCCAGAUACCCCGUUUUGGAAUCCAGAGGUCAUAGAGUUGGCUGAGUUGGUUCUAAGACCUCCACAGGGUGGACCUCCUAUCCUACCUGAGCAGAGUGAUGCGAUGUUGUCAGCCCUCAAUCUAUACAGAUUUGUAUUGAUGACAGAAUCUGCAGAAAAGACAAACUUCACUGGAGUGCUGUCAAGGAACAAUUUACUGAAGGCUUACAAUGAAUGGCUGCUUCCUUUGCGUACCCUAGUGACAGGUAUAAUGGCAGAGAGCAAGAGUGACUAUGAUGAGUUUUCAGUUGACACUGUAUGCACCUUAAAUCCACUUGAGUUGGUGUUGUACCGGUGCAUUGAACUUGUGGAAGAGAAGCUAAAGCAAUCCACAUAAGGUGCCCUUAGCCAGGAUUUAUGGAAAAAAUUUUGAUGCAUGUUAUUUUUGAAAUAUUCAUAAUUUAAACAUCUAAAGCAAGGCUAUUGAAAUGCAAUUCAAAUUGGAAAUCAUCCUUUCAGAUGCAAUGCAAUUUCCAGCAUGUUUGAAAAUCGGAUUCAUGAUGUGAAACAACUGGGAAGUUGCUUGGAUGUUGAUCACGGUUCUGUGUUUGGCUUGACUUGAUCUUGGAUGUUAAAGUUCUUCCUCUUUUAUCUCUUUUAUCCAGUGGAGAAUUUGAGAUAGAAAAGGAUACUAGCAAAGGUAUCUUUAUGCUUUGGAUGGUAUCCCUGUACAAUAACCUUAUAACUAAUAAUUCUCACGAAA